AUGGUUCUUAAUACUUCUUGGCAUUUCUCUGUUGAAAUGACCGAUGAAGCUUUCGCUUCAGUAAACGUGCCUUUCUCUGCCGUCAGCAUUCUUUUCAACAUCUUUUUCGUCUACUGCAUGGUCGUUCCACAGCAAGGAGCAGAGCAGCUGAAAGAACCCCUCAAGGUUUUACUGGGCUCACUUAUUGGCUGCAACAUUACAAUUCAUUUCUGCAGCCUUUUGUUUGUUUUUAAUGAGUUUGUUUUUAGAGACAUAAUUAAAAAUGUAAACCUGUUACAUAUUAUAUGCCCUUUGAUUCUGACUGUUAUGAUAUAUACCAUGAUGACCAUCGUUAUGUCCUCCCACUGGAAGAACAUGUUUUACUUCUGCCAGAUUGUUCCUUUACAGCAUUCAUUCUUCGUCUGGUUUAAGAGGAACAUACGAGCCUUAAUCUACUCUGCUUUGAUCUUAAACAAAAUUUUCUGUUUGUUUGGAAUGGCUGUAGGUGUUUUUUAUAAUACUGUACAGUUCAGUAUGAAUCUAGCAAAUAAUUUCACAAAUGACACACAGGAUGCACUGUGGAAUUCCCUGCAGAUAAACUAUAUGCUAUGCUUUGCGAGCUUCAUGUUUACAUUAGCCUUAUAUAUGCUCAGUCUGUGUGUGAUGUUGGCCUCGAGCUGUGCAGUGGUUCUCUACCUGUGGAGACACAUGAAGAACGUGGAGGAGAGCGGCCUGGUCUCGCCCCGUCUCCAGAGACAGAUAAAGAUGACCAUCACAGGCAUCACAGUACAGGCGCUCCUUCACUUCCUCUGCUCAUUUUGGAAUAACACUUGGAAUUCUGAAUUAUAUAUAUUCCCUGAAGUUAAUGUGGAUUGGAAUGGACAUAUCGUCUGCACCAUCAUCUCUCUGUACUCUUCUGGGACAACAAUUAACAUGAUGGUUGGUCAGUCACUGUUCCGGCAGGGAGUAGUUCAUGUUUGGCAAAAACUUCUGCAGACCUUCAAUUUCUGCUGUGUCAGAAUUAACAAGGGCUUGUAA